GCUCCCUGCUGCUGCCACCUGCUCGCCUCCACUCUCCAGGCGAGGCGCAGUACACUCGAACGAGCCUAUUGGGAUUGGGCCUGUAUGCUACCUCACAGUCUAUGGUACUACCGUGUAUGUGUCACAUGACUUGUCUCCGCACCUCUCUGCGGCUGCGUCAGGAGGAGAACCGACGGACCCGUCAGGUUGAGGUUGCAGGAGGUUAUAAAACACAUUUGUUAUUAAACUUUUCACACUACAGUGUAGAUAUCCAGUCAGAUACAGAACCAUGAAUCCUGAUAUUACGAGAGAGCGGCAAAACGCCACUUUUGACGUCGAGAAACUGACCCACAUUUUGAACGGGGGGCCUGAAAAGACCAAAAGACGGCGAGAGAUUGAGUCGAUGGUUUUCAGCGACCCGGACUUUAAGGAGGAGGACCCAAACUUCCUGUCCCGCAGUGAGCGCUAUGACCAGGCUGUUAAAAAAAGUGCCCAAAUGAUCCUGAAGCUCAGAGAGUAUGGCAUUGCAGACCCAGAGGAGAUCUACUGCUACAAGAAUAUGGUGAACGGCAACCAGCAUGAGGCCUUGGGGCUACACUUUGUCAUGUUCCUCCCGACCCUGUACAGCCAGUGUGACCCUCAGCAGUCCAAGAAAUGGAUACCUCUGGCAGAGUCCUUCCAGGCCCUGGGCACAUAUGCCCAAACUGAAAUGGGCCACGGUCAGUCCUGGACUUACCCCUGAACUUAUUUACUUGCUUGUUGUUGUUGUUGUUGUUAAAGGCCCUCAAACACAACUUAAUCGUGCUGUUUAUGAAAUAGCACAAAUUGGCAUUUGUGUUUUUAGAUAUUUAGCCAAAAUGAUAUUUGGGGCCGGAAAAAGAGGCCCGUUACCACAGGUUCGGAGUUCCAAGAGCAGCUCUGGUGAUUUCUUUGUACGUGUUUGACAGACCCAAAUCAUGUAGAAAAUUAAAAAAGUAGUCUCAUGCACAUCCUGACAAUUGUGUCCAUACGUUACAUUUUGUUCUAACAAGAUGUGAUGAAUUGUGGCUAGUUAAGAAGGUGUGCUGCAGCUUCGUUACUAACAACGCUCCUCUAGUGGUUGUCCCUUACACCCUUUAGGGUUAGUAGUAGCUUAAUAAAAGAUAAUUGUAGUUUUGUCUCGUCAAAAACGUAUUCCCAUCUACAUUCAGGGAUCCUACUGCUUUCUUCCUCACAACUCUCCCAUCUUAAUUUCAUGACAAUGCACUGAUGGAAAAUAAUCAAGACA